CAUAAGCCAUAAAUAACCGGAGGCCUUCAGUUGGUCGCAGGAGAGAGAGAGAGAGAGAGAGAGAGAGAGAGAUGUCGUUGGUGUGGUUGGAAGCAGCACUUCCUCUCGGGAUCAUAGCGGGCAUGCUUUGCGUCAUGGGAAAUGCUCAGUACUACAUCCACAAAGCCGCCCACGGCCGGCCGAAGCACAUUGGUAACGAUGUGUGGGAUGUGGCCAUGGAGAGGCGUGACAAGAAGCUCGCGGAGAAACUGGCUUCUUCCCCAAAUUAGGUCCCCCAGUUCCGUGAUGUAGCAAGCUUUGCCAAGGGGUUCUCAAGGAAUAAGUGCCCUUCUGAUGUUUCAGGAUUUUGCCAAAGAUACGUUAAGGGACACCUUUAAGCUUCUUCUUUUUUUCUUUUCUUUCUUUCCUUGAUUGUGUGAAUUUGUAUAAGCUUUUAAGACUUGUACGGGGAAAGUUGACCGACAGCAUUAUAUUAUCAUCGCUCUGAAUUGGUUUUAUAAAUUCUUGUUCGUUUUGGAGUA